AUGUUGAUUGGCUUGUGUGGAGGCAUCUGCUCUGGCAAACAUGCCAUCGCGGAAUAUCUCAUCCAGAAUCAAGGUUUCCAGCUACUUGAGUUCAAAAGUAGUACCGUCUCUCGAGAAACCGAUGAGAAUGGGGUUGAUCUUCGGCUGCAAGUCCCCGGUACGAACGGGGGGCUACCUUCAACAGUCUUUGAAUGUGUAGACUCGCUCCUUGAAUUUGCAACCAAGAACUGGCAAGGGUUAUGGGUUACAGCAGACAUUUGGGAGGGUACCACUCUAGACCGCUUUCUCCAGCGCCCGUUUUUCCUUCUGGUUCGAUUGUUCAAUUCCUCUUAUUCGCUCGAAGAACUCCAUGCUGCUCUCGAAGCUCUGAAUCUAGCAGAUGAUCAAAGACUACGGCCGAGUUGGGACCAAUAUUUCAUGCAACUAGCAGCUCUUGCUGCGCAGCGGAGCAAUUGGUACAAUGGGACUCCGCGGCAUAUCAGAAACUGCAACGAAGGAGGAUGUCCCAGAUGUAACCGUGGCGAGGGUGGGGGUCUUGGUCUAUCGACCUGCCUUUGUCUCCACGCAGAGGAAAAUGCCCUCUUAGAGGCUGGGCGAGAGCGCAUACGUGAGGGCGCGGUGCUCUAUUGCGAUACUUGUCCCUGCUUGACGUGCACAGUCAAGAUCACUCAAGUUGGAAUCUCUGAGGUUGUCUACUCAAAAGGCUACAACAUGGAUCAAGAUAGUGCUACAAUUCUCAGAACCGCUGGAAUUCGGCUUCGGCAAUUCUCUCCUGGCACUGCAACAGUCGCAAUGCCAACCGUGUACCUGCUUGAUUAUGUUGCCGGGAAUGUUCGCUCCUUGGUGAAUGCAAUCAAUAAAGUUGGGUAUGAUGUGGAAUGGAUUAGAUCUCCUGAUGAUUUAAAGAAUGCGGAUAAACUUAUCCUGCCGGGCGUCGGCCACUUUGGCCAUUGUCUUUCUCAACUCUCAGAAGGAGGAUACCUGGAACCCAUCAAACAGCAUAUAGAAGCUGGCAAACCUUUCAUGGGAAUCUGUGUCGGCCUACAGGCCCUUUUCGAGGGCUCGGAGGAGGACUCCCAGGUUUCCGGACUGGGGCUAGUCCCAAUGCGCAUGCAAAAGUUCAAUGCCGAUACAAAGAGCGUGCCGCACAUAGGUUGGAACUCCGCCAUGAAGACCAAUUGUCAUUCCUCGAGCGAUCAAACAUUCUACGGUUUGAGCCCAAGCAGCAAGUAUUAUUAUGUCCAUUCAUACGCAGCACUUUAUAAACCCAAUGUGCUGGAGGAACGUGGUUGGUCAGUUGCUACCGCAACAUACGGCGAGGAAGAAUUUAUCGGCGCCAUAGCCCGAGAUAACAUCUUCGCGACGCAAUUCCACCCCGAGAAAAGUGGCCAUGCCGGUCUGCGGACCAUUCGCGCCUUUCUUAACGGUGACCGGUUUCAGUCACUCGCAAAAGACCUCCCGAUCUUGCAGCGACACAAUAACGGACUGACUCGCAGAAUUAUCGCCUGUCUAGAUGUCCGUACAAAUGAUACUGGUGAUCUAGUAGUCACUAAAGGUGACCAAUACGAUGUCCGCGAGAAGUCUGGUGUAGACGCCGGGGGACAAGUUAGGAACCUGGGAAAGCCAGUUGAUAUGGCCAAAAAGUAUUAUGAGCAAGGGGCGGAUGAGGUGACUUUCCUCAACAUAACGUCUUUCAGGAAUUGCCCUUUGGCAGAUACACCUAUGCUGGAAAUCUUGAGAAGAACAUCGGAAACGGUUUUCGUUCCUCUUACAAUAGGGGGCGGAAUCAAGGAGGCUGUGGAUACUGAUGGCACUCAUGUUUCAGCGCUUGAUGUGGCAACCAUGUAUUUCAAAUCUGGAGCUGACAAAGUUAGUAUUGGGUCGGAUGCUGUCAUUGCAGCAGAAGAGUUCUAUAAGGCGGGUGAAAAGCUGAGCGGGCAAACCGCCAUAGAGACCAUAUCACAGGCUUAUGGAAAUCAAGCCGUGGUUGUGAGUGUCGAUCCUAAACGUGUUUAUGUUGAUCGGCCUGAAGACACCGGACACCACACCAUCAAGACAGCGCACACAAAUGCAGCAGGACAAAGCUUUUGCUGGUACCAGUGUACCAUCAAGGGGGGAAGGGAAACUCGAGAUGUCGAUGUUCGACAGUUGGCAAUAGCCGUGGAGGCAAUGGGAGCUGGUGAAAUCCUCCUGAAUUGCAUUGAUAAGGACGGGAGCAACAGCGGAUUCGAUCUAGAACUCAUUAAUGACGUCAAAGCUGCUGUUAAAAUACCAGUUAUUGCUUCAAGUGGGGCUGGUGUUCCUGAACAUUUUGCUGAAGUCUUUGAGCACACAGCUACUGAUGCAGCUCUGGGUGCUGGCAUGGUAGGGAUUCUCCCUUGUUUUCUGGUUCUCUUUAUGCUAACGGAGUUCAAGUUUCACCGUGGCGAGUUUACGGUUGACGAAGUCAAAGGAUAUCUGAGUAGCAGAGGGUUCUUAGUUCGUUCUUUUGAAACUGAGAUAUAA